AUGGAUGAAUUUACGUUCGUUAGCGUAGUGGGUAGUUGUGCUUGCUUGGGUGCACUAGAAUUGUUGCGCCGAGUUCAUGGAGCGGCUGUGGCAAUUGGAAUGAAGUUUAAUACUGCAAUUUAUAAUGCUUUGAUUGAUGCUUACGGGAAAUGUCACGAUUCUCCUAACGCAUUUUUAAUUUUUAAUCAGAUGGGAGAAAGGGAUGUUCUGUCGUGGACUUCCAUGGUUAUUGCUUAUGCCCGGGCAUCUAGAUUGGAAGAUGCAUAUCAGGUUUUUAAUCAAAUGCCUACCAAAAACACAGUUUCUUGGAGUGCUUUAAUUUCAGGGUUUGCACAAAAUGGGCGCGGUGAUGAAGCUCUGGAUCUUUUUGUGCAUAUGCAAGAAGAGGGCAUCUUCCUACCUAAUGCUUUCACUUAUGUUAGUGUUCUAAGUGCUUGUGCCGAUCUUGCACUUCUUGAUAGAGGGAAACAACUUCAUGGACACAUUAUUAGGAGUAUCAAUGGUGAGGAGUUUAAUGUGUUUUUGUUCAAUGCUUUGAUUGACAUGUAUUGCAAGUGCGGAGACAUGAAAUCUGCUAGGACAUUAUUCGAGGGGAUGCCUAAAAGGGAUAUUGUUUCUUGGAACUCGCUAAUAAAUGGAUAUGCUCAAGAUGGAAAUGGGGAUGAAUCGCUUGCUGCAUUUAAAAGGAUGACCGAAGCAAGCAUAAAACCCAAUCAUGCCACGUUUUCUGCUUGUAGUCACGCAGGUCUGUUACACGAAGGACUCCAAAUUUUGGACUCAAUGGUAAAGGAUUACGAUGUAAUACCAAGAUCAGAUCACUAUACAAUCUUGAUUGAUUUACUCGGGAGGAAAAACAGGCUCAAGGAAGCAAUUGAGUUGAUUGAUAGAGCUCCUAAUUACAAUGAAUUAAAUCGUGUUGGGAUGUGGGGUGCACUUUUGGGCACUUGUCGGAUUCAUGGCAAUUUGGAACUUGCGUAUAGGGCAAGUGCUGCUUUGUUUGAGUUGGAACCUCAAAAUGCUGCAAGACAUGUCAUGUUAUCCAACGUCUAUGCUGCUGCUAGCAAAUGGGAAGAUGCUCGACAAGUGAGGGCACAAAUGGAUAGCACAAAUGGAUAG